AAUGUUUCUUUUAAGAAGACACGUUUUUAAUGUUUUUAUGAAUGGCAAUAAAUUUUGCCUUUCAUCCUUGCUACAAUUAUACCCAAUAAAUUGUUCAAGUCAUAAGAGAUUGCGCAGAUAUGCUCAUACUGAUAUACCAAAACCCAAUUUUGAUGAAUAUCGACAAAAAUUUACCGAAGAUCCCAAUAUAUCCUACAGGAAAAAUGUUGAUGAACGAAGAGCUUUGAAAUCCAUGGUCUCUUUUGUUGGUUGUGUUGCUGGAUUAUAUGCCUUUAAGGCUCACUUAUUACAUUAUGUACUCUUUAUGUCACCCUCGCGAGACAUCUUGGCGGAGGCUCAAUUGGAAGUGAAUUUAAAUAAUAUACCGGAAGGAAAAGUGUUAGUCGUCAAAUGGCGCGGCAAACCUGUCUUUAUCUAUCAUCGAUCUCAAUCGAUCAUCGAGCAGGAGAGAGCGGUGGCUCUGUCAGAGCUGCGCGAUCCAGAAACAGAUGAUGCCAGGGCGAAAAGAUCGCAAUGGCUAAUCGUGAUGGGUAUUUGCACACAUUUGGGAUGUGUGCCGAUUCCGAAUGCCGGCAUCAUACCGGGUGGUUUCUUCUGUCCGUGUCACGGCUCGCAUUUCGACGCAGCCGGUCGCAUACGGAAAGGUCCGGCGGCGACCAAUUUAGAGAUACCAGAAUACGAAUUCAUAAAUGACGAUAAUAUUCUUAUCGGAUGACGUGUCUCUUCUGAAUUGAAACGCGUAUUAAAUAAUGAAAUCAUCUUGAAGAAUAUAAUCUACGUGUUUGUGUAAAAAUAAAAUAUGUUUCUGUCUUUCCACUUGAAUUUCAUGACGAUUUUAUAAUAAAGCUUUGCGUCUUCGAAUAAUGUGUUAAAAAAGAUUAAGAAUUGUUCAUUUCUACAAUAAAAAUAAUCAUAAGUUGUC